UGCUCCGGCUGGCACGUGACUUGUUUCGUGGGCUCUGGGGUCCAGGAAGCCGUGAGGCCGGAGCUUAGGUCGGGUAGGGAUGGAGCGCUGAGCCGUUAACGUCUGCCAGGCUGUACACCUCUGUACCUGUUACUGCUGCCACUUCCUCGUUUGACACUUCCCUGGGAUUUGCUAAGCCAGAUGUGGCAAAUUUAUUUGGUGGCUACUGUUCAAAUGCAUUGAUUCAAUUCUUUUUCAAAGAGUCUCUAUUGAUUUUGGGAAGAAAUAUCUGGUAACCAACAUGACUGAGUUCUGGCUUAUAUCAGCUCCUGGGGAGAAAAACAUGUCAGCAAACAUGGGAGAAAUUGCAUGCGGCAACUACGAAGAACAACAAUCUUGCAGUUACUUCAAAGUUCAACAUUCCUGACUUAAAGGUUGGCACACUGGAUGUCUUGGUUGGUUUGUCGGAUGAACCUGGCUAAACUGGAUGCAUUUGUAGAAGGGGUGGUUAAGAAGUGGCUCAGUAUAUGGCUGAUGUACUGGAGGACAGUAAAGAAAAGUUCAGGAGAAUCUGUGGCCAACGGAGUUGACUUGGUUACUUAUAUAACAAGGUUUCAAUGGGACAUGGCUAAAUAUCCAAUCAAGCAGUCCCUGAAAAAUAUUUCUGAAAUAAUUGCCAAGGGAGUGACUCAGAUUGACAAUGACCUGAAAUCUCGAGCAUCCGCAUAUAACAACCUGAAAGGGAAUCUUCAGAAUUUGGAACGAAAGAAUGCAGGAAGUUUGCUAACUAGAAGUCUAGCAGAAAUUGUGAAGAAGGAUGACUUUGUUCUUGACUCAGAGUAUCUCGUCACAUUACUGGUUGUGGUUCCCAAGUUAAACCACAAUGACUGGAUUAAGCAGUAUGAAACACUAGCUGAAAUGGUGGUUCCAAGGUCUAGCAAUGUUCUCUCAGAGGACCAAGACAGUUACCUGUGUAAUGUCACCUUGUUUAGGAAGGCAGUUGAUGACUUCAGACACAAAGCCAGGGAAAACAAAUUCAUCGUUCGUGACUUCCAGUAUAAUGAAGAGGAGAUGAAAGCAGACAAAGAAGAAAUGAACAGGCUUUCUACCGACAAGAAAAAGCAAUUUGGACCACUUGUACGGUGGCUGAAAGUGAAUUUCAGUGAGGCGUUUAUUGCGUGGAUUCAUGUAAAAGCGUUGAGGGUUUUUGUUGAGUCUGUUUUGAGGUAUGGCUUGCCAGUGAACUUCCAAGCAAUGCUCCUUCAGCCCAAUAAGAAAACAAUGAAGAAACUAAGAGAAGUAUUAUAUGAAUUGUAUAAACAUCUAGAUAGCAGUGCAGCAGCUAUUAUUGAUGCUCCUAUGGAUAUUCCAGGCUUAAACCUGAGUCAACAGGAAUAUUACCCCUAUGUGUACUACAAGAUCGAUUGCAACUUGCUGGAAUUCAAGUAAAAUGAGCCCCCCAGAUAGCCCUGCCCUUGUGUCGGUGUCGGUGUUUGCUAACAGACAUAGAUUGUAGUUUGGCUGUACUUUUAACUCUCUCUUACCCCUUGCUUGCUUCUCACCCCCUUUCCUAGUCGCGUUCUCUCGUAGUGGUCCAUUUGUCAACAUUUUGUUUUUAAAAGGAAACUAUAUGUCUUGUUUCUUUUUAUUGAUCAGGUCUGUAAAUGUGUGCUAAAAAAAAAAAAUCAGAGUUUAUUUAUAAACAGAAUAGUUUAUUUAAAAAGAAGGUCUUACUUCAUCGAUAUUGUGGUAUGCAUUAAUUCCAUUUGUUACUGUUGUGACAGAAGCCUUGUGUACAAGGGAAUGGUGUAAACAGUUAUACCAUUUUGUUCACUGUAUUUAGUAGACAUAAUUGUUUAAUAGUUAUUGAAUCAUGAUGUAAAGAAAUGUGACAAUAUUCAGGUAUGUGCUUUCUGAAUGUUUCAAAUUACAAUCUGUGAGCACUAUUGACACCCACAGGAGAGAAUAAAAUUACCUGUGCAAAGGUGGAUUGUGGUGUGUGUAACUUCCAAAGAUUAUGGUUCAAGUUUGAAGAUUAUUUUUGAACACGUGAUGGGUAUUUACAUUUGGACACUAGACUUUCAGGUCUCUCAAUUAGGAGGUAGGGCCAAUUUUUGAAUAAAGUGUAGUAGAACUCUGCAGUUUUAGUCAUUUGUUUUGUCUAAGUAUUUUAC